GUGUACAGAUAAAGUUUUACCGACAUAAUAACAAAAAUGGUGGCAGUUCACAGUUUGUAGGCAAAGUAUUCCUUCAAACUCACUAAAGUACCAACACCAUGGCAAGUAAUAGAUCUCUACGACGUGCCCAGAAACCCGUUACCUAUACGUGUGCUUUGUGUGACAGUGAAAACGGGGUACGAUGGUACUGCAACGAUUGUCAGGAGAAUUUAUGUGACCGGUGUAAGGAAUUCCAUACACGCGGAAAGAAAACUAAAAACGAUGACGUGGUAUCGAUAGGGAAGGCUAACCGCCAGUACGACAAGCCUGUACCAGAGGUAUGUAAACUACACCCCAGUAAACUGUGUGAUCUUUUCUGUUCGGACUGCAACAUGUUGUUUUGUUCGAUGUGUUUAUCUAAAACUCAUAAACACCACAACUGGAAACAUUUUGAAGACGAAUUUUCCAUUAAAAAGCAACAUCUCAAAGAACAUAUGACAGCAAUUUCUGUUAAAAUAGAACAUUUCAAGAACGAGACAUCAGAGCGACAUCGUGUUAACGAAGGGUUCAACGACAACAUUGAUACAAUGAGGAAAAAUGUGAACUCUCAAAGGGCAAAGUUAAAGGCAGAAGUAGAUUAUAUUGCUGAUGCAAUACUCGCUGAAUUAUCGUCUUUAGAAAAAGAAGAAUCAAUCAUACACAAGAAAGAUUGUCAACGAUCAGAAAAAAAAGUCGAAGAACUGACGCGUCUGCUUGAACAAGCGGAAAUGACGGACACAUCAAAUGUAUCCUUUUUUGAAACAGAAAGGUCAUUGAGGAUAUCUCUGUCCCUGUAUGACGUUAAUGUGAGAUAUGUUUCACCAAAACAACCAAGCUUUGUUACCGGAAGUAUCGACAGCGUUCUGUUGACGAAAAUGUUAGGUGAAUUACACCACGGGAACCAGUACGAGAAGACAGACAUCGAAAGUAAACACGUUCAAUGUCUCUCUAAGUUUACUGUUACCCAACAAAAUCAAAUACUCGGUAUAUGUCCAGUCGACGACAGUCACGCGUGGUUAUCAAUAGAUGAAUAUGAUGCUCUGGUACUGGUCAACAGUGAGGGUGUGGUCACAGAGACAGUAAAACUGGACUUCUGUCCUUACAUGAUCACCAUGGUCGGGACAACAGACAUACUUAUGACCAUUAGUAGAGCUAGUACAUGUGUACAUAAACUAUCACUACACAACAAACAGGUAACAACAUUUGCUGACAUCAACCCACAUCAACCGUACGACAUCAGCAUCAACGAGAAGGGCGAGGUGUUUGUUAGUACAGCUACACCAGACAUAGUGGUACUGAAUCAGUCAGGUACGAUUGUGAGGAAGGUCAGUAUUGGAUCAGAAAUAAUAAUGUACAUUGUCUGCUUGUCAUCGCUACGUCUGUGUGCAUCUCAAGCAAUCGGGGGGAGCCGGACAGAUAGGAACAUAAAGAUAACAGACGAGUCAGGUACCGUCAUACAGACAUGGACUGGUGAACUCGACAACGGUCAAAAGGUCGGUAGUAUGAACCUCUGUAAGAUGUCAUGUGAUAAGUACGAUAGAGUGUUUGUACCAGACAUCCGUAACAAUCAAGUGUACGUCCUACCGAGAGACGGCAAACAAGCUGUGUGUCUCCUGGACCAGAAACAUGAAGUGAUGGAACCUACAGCGGUGGAUGUAGACACGUGUGGGAACGUGUGGAUCGGGUGCGGAGACGGCACCGUGCACGUGAUGGGACUGUAACAUGAGGAAAUAGUGUAUAGGGUACACAAGACUUCGUGGUACAACAAUACAUUAUGUUUAUAUCAUUCCACGACAGUUCGCUGAUGUAUGAAGCAUGAGAGAGAGAAAUUCAGAACGUCAGAAAUAGAGUGACGGACAUAGAGGGAAACAAACAUAAAAUCAAUAUUUUUUUAUAUAAAAUGUAUCUUUAUGGUUUGUUACGUUAUUGAAUGACAUAAACAUCCAAAUAAAUUAUAUCAAUUGGCUUUAGAUUUGAAUACUUUUCUUAGGCCAAAGAAACAAAUGUUUUUUUCCGGUUACCUACCUUAUAUUUUGUGCCUACCUUAAACUUUUUUCUUUUUCUUUUGCAAUUUUGAAGGAAGCACUGCAAAAAAUGAAAAAAAUGAAUUACAUUUCUUAUUCUUACUUUUUCAGACAUGUAACAGGAAACAGAUAUUUUCGUUUGCUUGCUUUUCUCUAUUUAUAUAUGAAUAUUUAACUAUCAUGACUAUUGAUUAAAGUGUGUUACACAGAUGUUUACAACAUGUUAUUAACCGGUAAGUGUAAGGUAAUACAUGUUUGGUUGGGUUGUUUUAUACCUUGUAAUAUUGAAAUAUAACAAGAAUGACUGAUACAUUUAGAUUUGUAUUAACAUUGUUAUAACCUUUAAACAGACAUAUAUAGAUAUAACACUAAAUAAAAGCUCCCAUUGUA